CACGAGUGAGCUUUCCACAUUUGGUGCAAUCAUUGCGCACUCUCAUCAACGAAGAAAGAAACCAAACGCUUCCUUCAACCUGCGAGAUUAUUGACCAAGAUGACACCAGUUUGCCCGUUUGUCAAAGCUUCUCGGCCUGAUGAUAGUACUCCUAAAAAAUCAGGUGAAAACUCGGUUAAACAUCAGGCCGAUUCGGACAGUAAGUGCCCCUUUAGUAAGAAGGAGGCUAGCGAUUCGGCUAGUUCCUCGCCAAAGUGCCCUUUUGGGUACGACCAAAACUCGUUUAAGAUUGGUCCUUUUAGCUGUGUGAUAUGCCAGGCACUUCUCUUUGAGAGUAGCAAAUGUGUGCCAUGUGCUCAUAUUUUCUGCAAAGCAUGUAUAUCACGCUUUAAGGACUGUCCAUUAUGUGGGGCUGAUAUUGAGAAGAUUGAGCCUGAUACCAAUCUCCAAGGUUUGGUUGAUCGAUUUAUUGAAGGUCAUGCCAGGAUCAGAAGGUCUGUUAGUUCAAACCAAGGAGAAGAAACAAAAGAGAGUGGACAGGUUGAAUAUGAGGAUGUUUCUUUGGAAAGAGGUUCGUUCUUGGUCCAACAUGCCAUGAGGGCAUUCCGGGCUCAGAAUUUAGAAAGUGCCAAAUCGAGACUCAGCAUCUGUGCUGAAGACAUUCGUAGUCAGAUUGAAAAAGCGGGUGAUACUGCAGAAUUAUGCUCACAGCUUGGGGCAGUCUUGGGUAUGCUUGGUGAUUGCUGCCGAGGAAUGGGCGAUGCUAAUUCUGCUGUCGCAUAUUUUGAAGAGAGUGUUGAAUUUCUGUCUAAAUUGCCAAAAGAUGAUAAGGAGAUCACGCAUACCCUUUCUGUUUCACUUAAUAAAAUUGGAGAUCUUAAAUAUUAUGAUGGGAACCUGCAAGCUGCAAGAUCUUAUUAUUUACAGUCUUUGAAUGUUCGUCGUGAUGUCAUCAAGCAUAAUUCAACUGUCCCAACUCAGGUCCUUGAUGUCGCCGUUUCUCUUGCUAAAGUUGCGGAUGUUGACAGAAAUCUAGGAGAUGAAAAGUUGGCUACUGAUGGAUUUCAAGAAGCCAUAGACAUGUUGGAAUCACUGACAUUAGAUUCUGAAGCCAGUGGGCUUGAGCAACGGCGGCAAUCGGUGCUAGAGUUUCUAAAAAGUCAAGUGUCUGAGAAACAAGAACAAGCCGAGACACAAGUCGAGGCAACUGCCUGAGAUAGGUGCUCCUUAAAAAGUAAGGAAGCCGCAAGCGGGAUGCAAUAGAUGCAAGAAAUGUUACAGUAUGUCAACGCACAAGCCUAUAAAAUAAGCUUAUCUUACAGAGGCACUUGUUAUAUAAGAAGGAGAAACCAGACUAAUAUAUCAAUGUUCCGGUUCCUGCUUUAGAUCUUCUUGCCACUUGCAUGUAUAUCAAUGUAUAUUUUUGUUUCCACUUUUUUCUCUUGUGUUUCUUGGAGCUCAAGGACAACUGAACUGAGGAUCUUCCUUGCACUAUUGUAACUAAGCAUACUUUGUUUAAUAAACUUUGAAAUAAUAUGGAGUGAGUUAUAGUUUUUUAUUA